AAAAUGCACUGCAAGAGUUGUGCUUUGGUAACCAGCUCUGGACACCUCCUGGGAAGUAAACAAGGUGACAGAAUCGACGAGACGGAGUGCGUAAUACGAAUGAAUGAUGCACCCACUCGGGGUUAUGGAAAAGAUGUUGGCAACAAAACGAGCCUUCGAGUCAUUGCACACUCCAGCAUUCAGAGGAUUUUGCGAAAUCGUAAUGAACUCUUAAAUAUGAGCCACGGUGCUGUGUUCAUCUUCUGGGGUCCUAGCAGCUACAUGAGGAGAGAUGGUAAAGGCCUGGUGUAUAAUAACCUGCAGCUGAUGAAUCAGAUACUGCCUCAAUUAAAAGUAUAUAUGAUUUCUCGCCACAAGAUGCUGCAAUUUGAUGACCUUUUUAAACGGGAAACCGGGAAAGACAGGAAGAUAUCCAACACUUGGCUUAGCACGGGCUGGUUCACAAUGACUAUCGCGUUAGAGCUCUGUGACAGGAUAAAUGUGUAUGGCAUGGUGCCACCGGAUUUCUGCAGGGAUCCUAAUCAUCUGUCAGUACCUUAUCAUUAUUAUGAACCUCUGGGACCCGACGAGUGCACAAUGUACAUCUCACACGAGCGGGGACGGAAGGGCAGUCACCAUCGCUUCAUCACAGAGAAACGAGUGUUCGAGAACUGGGCACGGACAUUCAACAUUCACUUUUUCCAACCGGACUGGAAACCGGAGCCCCUCACUGUAAACCACCCCCAGGUCAAAGCGGUGGCCUGA